AUGGCAUACAACUACAGAGUUUUACUUACCAACACAAACUAUUCAAUAGUCAAUUAUUUGUUAUGCAAAAAUUGGAGUAGUCAAUAUGAGUACAACAUCUUAAUGAUUAACACAAUAACAGACUUGGACUCAAAACCAAAUUUUGAUUUUAAAACGAAUGAAAAUGAAUGUUACAGGACACAUAUGAGAUGGAUUGUUAACAACUUUGGUAUAACAGAAAGUAAACGAAAUUAUGAAAUACAAUUGAAAAGUUGUGUGAAUGCAAUUUCUGGUAUUAUUUCAUUUGCUGGAUACCAACUUGACAGACCAAAAGUAUUCCCAUCACUCAACUAUUUUGGAGCAUCCGUUCCUAUAUGCAAAUACACUGACCAUCUCACUACUAGUGAAAUUGAGACAAAAAUUGAUUCGACGAUGUUUGUUGAGACGUUCAGAGUGUAUUUCGAGAGGAUGAAAGAGCAAGAGCGAUAUUAUAAGCAAAACAGUAUCAUGUCUAAUGCAAUUUUUGAGUUCUUAAGAGAUCGAAUAGGACAAAAUUUCAAAGAAAUUUGUGUUACAAAUAUUGAAGGAUUAUCAAAUGAUUUUAUGAAAGAAAGAUAUGACCAAUUUGUUGGGAUAUAUGCAGACUGUGUUACAUUAAAUAACGAUGACGAGUCGUUUGUAGUCAAUAAAACGGCAAAUGGAUUUGAAGUGAAGGCGAAACUUGGUGAAAAUGCCGUUGGAAAUCGGUUGACGUUUAAUUACGUCUUUAAUAAAAAGUAUGAUAAAAUGGGACUUUCUUUCGACCACGGAAAAUGUGUGAAGAAUGAGAACAAUGUGUUUGUGUGGACUUAUAAAGACUAUAAAGCAUUUGAUCAUACCGAAGAACUGAAUUAUCAAUUCGACCAGAAGGACAUUAACCUUCCAAAAGACUUAAUUGUCAUGAUAUCUUAUAUCGGAAAAAUGGAAUUGUACUACGACUUAAUCAAUAAAAAAGUUGAAGAAGACAUUAAGCACGAAAGAAUGGUAAAUGAACACAAUAGAAUACAAGAAAUGGAGAGAUUGGAAAGAGAAAGAAUUUUAUGGCAACAUGGAAUUACUUUCUUUUAA